AUGUCGGCAAUCUUCAAACCCGCCAACACGGCCGUCAUCACUGGCGGGGCAUCGGGAAUCGGCCUCGCCCUCGCCAAGCGCUGCGCAGGCGCCGGCAUGAAAGUGCUGAUCGCGGACAGCGACACGGCAUCCCUCUCAGCCGUCGCCUCCGCCAUCCCGGAAAACACGCCCCUGACGACAGAGAUGGACGUCGGCAACCCCUCGGACUGGGCCGCCCUCAAGUCCAGGGUCCAGACCGACCUCGGCGGCUGCAUCUCGCUCCUGGCUCUCAACGCCGGCACGGGCGGCGCGCACAGCUUCGAGGAUCUCGAUCUCGACAAGUUCCAGGCCAUCCUGCAGACGAACCUGUUCGGCGUCCUCAACGGCAUCGCCGCCCUCCUGCCCCUGGUGAAGCAAGAGGCCACCGCGGACCGCCCCGCCGCCGUCGUCAUCACCGGCUCCAAGCAGGGCAUCACCAACCCGCCGGGCAACCCGGCCUACAACGCCUCUAAGGCCGCCGUCAAGAGCCUCGCCGAGCAGCUGUCCUACUCCCUGCGGGACGCGCCCGUGGGCGUGCACCUGCUGGUGCCCGGGUGGACGUGGACGGGGCUGGCGGGCGGCGUGGCGGGCGGGAUCCGGGACAACGAGGCCGGGCGCGGCUCGGCGAAGCCCGCGGCAGCGUGGUGGCCCGAGCAGGUGGUCGAGUUCCUGGAGGCCAAGAUGGAGCAGGGCCAGUUCUGGGUUCUGUGCCCCGACAACGAGGUCUCCGAGGACCUCGACGCAAAGAGGAUGCUCUGGAGCGCCGGGGACGCCGUCCGAGGCCGCAAGCCCCUCAGUCGCUGGAGGGAGGAGUAUAAGGAGGAGGCGGCUGAGUUCAUGAGUAAGGAUGCCAAGUCUAUUGAGAAGGGGCUGUGA